UUGCGUUUGCCUCCAUUUUAACAGCAACACUUCAGACUGAGCUUUGUGUGGAAGACGAGACCCUGGUCAGGAGUGCAGCAGCUACUCUCCUUGCAACCCCACUUCAGAUAGUCCUGCCUCUUUGCGAGGAAGCAAAUAUGUCACGGUUUCUAAGAAACGAGGAUGAUGAGAACAUGUUAACUACGUCUGUUAGUCUAAACGAAGGGGAAAGUGAGAGAAUGGCCAGAGUAACUAGAUCACUGAGUCUAAGAGAAAGCGAAGCAGAGGACAAGUUUGAGGAUGCCCAUGAAAUUAUCCCUGUGGCAACGACAAUGAACCUUUUAUCAUCCUUGGACGAAUGCACAACUGGGUUGUACUUGUUUUUAAAUAACAGAUUCUCAGAUGCCAUCAAUCUUAUUCACCCAUGGUCAAAACACAGUCCGUACCACGCCCUAGUAUACAGUAUGCUUAUGGUUGUCAAAGCCAUCCUGACCUUUGAUCCACAGGAUAUUCAGAUUGGAAUGGAUGCUGUAAAGGAAGCUUUGAAAACCUGCAACAAUUUCCGGAAAAGACCCAGGAUAAUGACUUUGUCUCGCCUAGUGAGUAGGCAGGGAAUAAAGUCUAUCAAAGAGGAGGAAUUACACGCAGAGGUCUGUUAUGCUGAGUGUCUGAUUCUCAAGUGUGCCAUAACGUUUAUACAGGACGACAGUUUGCUGAAUUUUCUUAAAAGCGGCCUUAACGUUGGGUCAAGCUAUCAAAUAUAUAAAGACUGCCAACAGGUCUUAGCACUUAUGCCUGACAACCAAAGCAAAGCCCACAAACACUUGGAUGGAGGGGUAAAAUUUGGACUUGGAGUAUUCAAUCUGAUGUUUUCACUUGUGCCACCAAGGUCACUUAAACUUCUCAAUAUUGUUGGCUAUUCUGGAGAUAGAGAAGUGGGCCUGGCUUUGCUUCAUGAGAGUGCAUCUGAACCCCAUAUAAAUAACAUCUUAAGUGUUUUCACUCUUCUCUUUUAUUACAAUUAUGUGCGCGUAGUUUUUGGUGUUGAAAAGGUUUCCAAUAGGGCCACAGAGAGUCUCUUCCUAAUCUACCUGGAGAAAUUCCCCAACUGUGUUGUACUUAAAUUUUUUCGUGCACGGUUCAGCAUGCUAAAUGGGAACUUUGAAAUGGCACAGUUAAAGUUACAAGAGUGCAUUAUUACUCAGAAUGAAUGGAAGCAGAUUCAUCACCUCUGUUACUGGGAACUCAUGUGGUGCCACAUUUUUCUGCAGAAGUGGAAGCAGGCAUACAACUAUGCCAACCUACUGGCUCAACACAGCCGCUGGUCUAAGGCCAUAUACACCUACAGCAAAGCCAUCAUACUGGCCUUGCUUCCUCCUGACUAUGUGGACUCAGAGACUGAGAAAAUGAGCUCUGUCUUCUUACGUGUGGAUAGCCUGAGAAUCAAAUUUUUAGGCUCGUCUGUGCCAAUAGAAAAGUUUAUUGGCGAGAAAAGUCAGCGCUACAGCACUACAACAGGCUGGUUUACAGCACAGCCCCUCCUGGAAUUCAUUUAUGCCUGGAGUGGCUUCCGAGUCAUGAGCAAGAGAAUAGAGCUUAUUUCAAGUUGGCUGUCAAUAAUCGACAAAGGGAAAGACCUGCUGAGUGAGAAUCCAAAUGAGGAAUAUGGCAUAGAUGACAUGAGUUUGCUGAACCUGCUGAAAGGUUUGUGCCUCAAACACCUGGGCAAGCAUUUGAAGGCUGAGCACUACUUUACUCGUGUUAUCAGGAAGGAGAAAAUGUUAAAAUAUGACCACUAUUUGGUGCCGUACAGUUACUAUGAGCUGGGAAUGCUGUACUAUCUGAAGGGAGACUACACUAGUGCCAUGAAAAACCUAGACUGCAUAAAGCACUACAGAGACUACUCCAUGGAAGCCCGGCUACAGUUUAGGGCUCAUAUUGCCCUUGAGCAGAUCGCUAAAUUAGAGAAGUGA